AUGGUUAGAAAACACUAUGAGAAAUGGAUAUAAAACGUUAUAUUUUCUAUAUGUAUGUUACAAAACUAACACUUUCUCUUAAUUACAAAAAUUAAAAGUCACUGCAACCAUUUACGAUAUAUAUCUAAAAAAUAAAAAAGGUAAACAUUUCGGUCUCGAACUAAUUCAUAAAUUACCGCUCGUAGCCUGAAAAUGCGCAUGCGCAUAAACCGAGAAAAAAACAAAAUGGCGGACGCAAACCAGAAAAAACGACGAGGUCCUAAAAGUUACUUGACGGAAAGUGCAAGAAAACGAAGGAAAAAAGAAUCAGAACAGAGAAGAGGAGAGGCGAGAAUCUACAUAAGCAAAGAGAUAGAUAGAUGGCGAAAGGUAAAGGAAGAUCUCGCACUGGAGACUGAUUCUACUUUAGCGAAGCUGCUUCUUGACAGUUAUGAAUUUAAGAAAAUAUCAGAUAAAUCCACCACUUCAACCGGCCACAUCCAUAUGCAUUCCACACCUGCAAGAAGAUAUAUACCUCCACGAGAGUAUUCAGAAAGUGAAGUCACUAUAAGUGGUCGAGAAAUGUCAGGAGUGUUUGUGCAAGAAUGUUGGAAAGACAUGUCAUUGCCUGGACCAUCCGCAAGUGAUUUUCAGAAUCAACAUAUUCAGAAGGCCGAUAUCACUACCAAAGAGGCGAGCAGCUUCAUGAAUCCUUUUGACUUAACAAUAGAUGUCACUGAAAAUGUCGACGAGGAUGACCAAACCACUGAUGAUGAGGAUUAUGAACCAAGUUUCGACAUCACUCUCAGAAGUACAGCAGAACUUGAAAACUAUCACCAGUUGAUAUUAAUGUAUGCAGCCAAAAGGUUUGCUUACACUCCGCCUGUUUACAAGGCACGCACCAUUUUGGCAGCUCUUGACUACAACUUCCACAUCGAUAGAGAAACGAAGACAAAUGCAGAUGGCUCAGUAAGGUACCACAGAACUUACAACAAGAAAAGUGGAAGGUGGUCCGCUGUGCCCUACAAAGUGAAGAAGAAAUACAGCUACAUCAGUGACCUGAUUUCUGCUGUAGUUGAAAAGAGGCUACUUGAUAGAGAAGGAAUGCAUAAAAGCAAGACGUUAUCGCCCUCAGAUCCCAGACACAUUUCCAGCGUUUUAGCCCCCCCUGCCUCCACCUCCUACUGCCACAUUAGUAGAAGAAAAAAGGUCAAGACUUAAGUGAUUCUAGUGUCACAAAUAGGACUCAACAAUCUGCUGGCUACUCCUCCUUAACCACUUAGGAGAUUUCAACAAAACUUGCUACAAGGCUACUGUCAUUAUUCUAUGAAUAACCUCAUUGGGGAAGUGGGGAUGUUGUUAGGUGUUGGCCCACAACAGCUACAUUUGUAGCUAUUAUUUGUAGUAUAUGCCAUAUAAGAUUUGGGUUUCACAUGUGUUUUAUGUUUCAAAAUUCAUGUGCAAAACUAAUCUACUACUUGUCGGAUGGAAAAUGUAUGUCUAUGAAAAGUAUUGUGUAUGUACCAAUUAUUGUGUCACAAGUUUGGCUUGUUCACACAUUUUGUAUGUAUGGUGUGAUAUUCACAGGUAUGAUGUAUAUGUGACAAGUUUGUUAAGUAUAAUGUAUGCGUCACAAAUUUGCUAAGUAAAGUGUAUGUGUCACAACUUUGCUAGGUAUGGUGUAUGUGACACAACUUUGCUAAGUUUAAUGUAUGUGUCACAGGCUGGCUAAAUAUGAUGUAUGUGUCACAACUUUGCUAAGUAUGGUGUAUGUGUCACAACUUUGCUAAGUAUGGUGUAUGUGUCACAGGCUGGCUAAAUAUGAUGUAUGUGUCACAAGUUUGGAAUGUGUCUUUAGUAUGGUCUGUGUAUGUGAACAUUACAGUGUUCGGGGAUGAUCAUCUGUAUUCAUAGCCUUUUUUGUAGUGAAUUCGUCUACAGAUUUUAUUUGGUGCUAACAAUAAAAAUAUGACACAAG